CAGACAUCUGCAGACAGUCAGAGGAGACACCUCACAGAGAACCUCAGAGAACCUCAGAGAACCUCAGAGCGCACCGAGACCUCCCCGGGAGAACCGGAGCUGUGCGUAAAGGAGCAGGUGGAGGCUGAAGGUGGAUCUCCACUGCGACCACAGCAGCAGCAGCUUCUCGGUCCUCUCUCCCUCCUCCGGUGUUCCUCCAGGAUGCGGUUCCUCUCCGCGCUGGCGCUGCUGGUGCUGCUGCGCACGGAGGAGCUGGCGGAGGCGUGCAGCUGCGCUCCGGUGCAUCCGCAGCAGGCGUUCUGCAACGCAGACGUGGUGAUUCGAGCGAAGGUGGUCGGAGAGAGAGAGGUCAUUUCUGGGAACGAUGUCUACGGGAACCCCAUCAAGAGGAUCCAGUAUGAGGUCAAACAGAUCAAGAUGUUCAAGGGGCCUAACCAGGACAUCGAGGCUAUCUUCACUGCUCCUGUGUCCGCUGUCUGUGGUGUUACCCUGGACGUCAAAGGCAAGAAGGAGUACCUGAUCUCAGGCAAGGCCGAGGCCGACGGGAGCAUGCAUGUGACCCUGUGUGAUUACAUCAUGCCCUGGGACUCCUUGAGCAACACCCAGAAGAAGGGCCUGAGCCAGCGCUACGAGAUGGGCUGCGAAUGCAAGAUCGUGCGCUGUCCCUCUCUGCCCUGCGAGAUCUCGGCCCCUGAGGAGUGUCUGUGGACGGACCUGAUGCUGGAGAAGCAGGUGCACGGACGCCAGGCCAACCACUACGCCUGCGUAAAGAGGGUGGACGGCUCGUGCUCCUGGUACCGCGGCGUUGCGUCGCCCAAGAAGGAGUUCCUGGACGCCGACGACCCUUAGUCACACGGCUGAGCUGACUGCCCACUGCACAGCCUGGCUGGGAAAUAAAUGUAAACGAUUCCAUUGAAAUUAUAGAUUUAUAGAACAACACCAGGCAAAGUGUUUUUUGAUUUUAAAAAAGGUAAAGCUAAUGUGACUGAAUUUACCUGCCGGUCUGAAAACAACCUUCAGCCUCUCUUUGUAUUUGUUGUCUGUUUGCUUGCUCAACUUUCACUUGAAGAGGCUCAGAGGUCGUUCUCAGACUCUGUAAAAAACGAAUGAAACAGCAUCAUGAGACAUAGACUGGUCGAGUGAUGCUGUUGCUUCCUCCUGAGGCUGGCGUCAGGAGGACAUAUCCAUUCUUCCUGCCCCGCAAAGCGCUUUAACAGCUCUGCUCUCCAACCCUGCAAAUCAAUCCCCGCAAAUCAAUCCCCGAUCUGCUGCCGAUCAUUUGUGUUCCUACUUUUAUUACCUCAUUCUCCAUUUUUAUUCCAAAGCCAAAUUCCAAGUUGCCUUUUUUUUUACUGAUUGUCUCGCUCUCUUUUUCUCUCCGAACACCAUUAGUAACCGCUCCUCUUGUUCUCUGCUGGGAGCUGUUUGGCCACCGUUGACGUCGGACGCCCACGACAUGCUUAACUGUUUUCUUUAAAAAGAACAUGAGUCAUCUCGCAUGGCUGAUCUUCUCUGGUUUCUUAAGUUGAAAAUCUUUUCUCCUGGUUAUUUUAAAUGAAGCCUGUGACCACCAAAGGCCUCACUGGACCAGUCUAUGCUGCGUAAAGACGAGCGCUCUAAAUUCAAACCUGCUCAUGAGGUUAAACACCUCCUCGUCGCCAACCAGUCCAACCAGAAAUGUCCAAAAAUUCAACUUCCUCAUCUCGUCUUCAUCCCUCUCCCUUGCUACCCCCACUAUGUAGCUGUACAGUACCUAUGCAUAUACUUUUGUUGUUACUUGAUUAUUUUUAUUUACUGCAUUAGAACUAGAUUUGCACUUUUUGAGGAUGAGUUCCAGUAAAGAUAAGAGCCUGAGCACUCUGAUGUGACAGUUAAUAAAGUUUGCCGAGAAACGACAGAUCCCCCUCAGGUGCAGAUAUCUCCUAUUUUGAGUGCUUUUGGUGAUCCAUAUUCACAGACUUAUUCUUGCUAUCUUGCAGCGGAUGAAAAACAGGAAAUGGUGGUGUGUGAGAGUUUCAGAUAUAAGGGAUCUUUUUACAGAUGUUAUGGGUGAAAGAGAAACAAAAUGGAGCUUUUGUUGGACGUUAUUUCAGUGUCUUUGUAUUAUCUGUUGAUUGUGAAUGCCAACAGCAGUUUCAUGAUUUGCCAGUAUAUUCUCGCAGACGGUUCAUUUCAUGAGUAAUAAGGUCUUUACAUGCUUAAUGUUAGCUUCGACUGCUCCUUCCAGUUAUUAAUGAAAGCUUUAUCGCCGUCAUAGAAAGCAAGUUACUCAAUCCAAGUUUACAGUGCUGUUUUAUACACCUCAAGCUACAUUAACAACAAAAUAUAUAUAUGAUGGAGUAUUAGAGGCAUAAUUUAAAAGUAAACUUUCCAUUUUCCAUUUAUUUUUAUUUUUUCAGUGUUAUAAUUAUACCUGUCUUGAUUUUUGUGUGUUUUCGCUGUCUCUGUCUACGAUGUCUUUAGCUGUAGUGUCGAGGUCAGAAGGUCCUCUUGCGCUGGAGUAACGUGAGAGGGAGAGAGAUUAAGUAGAGAAAAGAGAAAUGGGUACCUUGUGUGAAUAGAGGCCUGUGCAUGUGUUUGAUGCUUUAUGUAAGUCCGGGCGAAGGACAAAAUAUUCAGUAUUAUCAAAUAAAAACCACACGUUUGA